CUAUAAUACAUAUAUACACACCUCCCCUGAAGUCGCCCUGCUAUAUUAGUUCCUUCCGAUUCAAGCCAGCUAUAUUCACUUCAUUUCUUUUCUCCCUUGAUUCUUUUGUUCUUUCAUUGGUACUCAGCUUUUAUUACUAUUAUUACCAUAUCUUCUUCACAUAUUCCAUCUACAUUCUCCCCAAUUCAUACUAUUCAACCCUCUAAGAGAGAGAGAGAGAGAGAUUCAUGGCAGAAACAGCGAAUUAUCCGGUGAAGAUUGCAGUGGGUUGUGGUUUCAUUACUUCAAUUUUCAACCGGAAAAGAUACUUGAAAACGCUUCCGAAAACCAGCGACAGAACCUCUGCCAAUCGUCCAAGCACGCAAAUCAUUACGGAAGAGCAAAGUGAUGGUGUCAAUUCAGUUAACCCUCCAGCAGAAGUGGACGCCAAACCAAGUCCAAAUACUCCUGCAGCCAAUUCAAUGCCUUCAAAUUUCGUUCAUCAGAAUCAAAAAGCAAGGCCCUCAGAUGCCUCAAGGAGUUCGACCUCAUCAUCCAACAAUUCAGGCCCAAAAAAGGCUUCAAAAGCUCCCGAAGCGGAGAAUUUGAGAGUCAUGAAAAGGGUGCCAACUUACACCUCCACCGAGCUUAGUCUGGUCCCCGUUGAGCCCCGGAAGUCCGUUGAGCCCCGGAAGUCCGAUUCGAGCGCUAGCCUUAUCCGGACUUCUUCGGGCAAGAAAAUACUGAUAGGCCAACUGGGUAACUUGAAGCCGCCCGCGAGGAGGAAUCCUCCAUUAAUGAGUAAAGGGCCAGCAUUGGUGAAGAAGUUAGACCCCGAAGUGGUGAAGUCUAUGGGAAAUGAGAAGUACAAGCAGGGGAGGUUUGAGGAGGCAUUGGCUUUGUAUGAUCGAGCGAUUUCUCUUGAUUCGAGCAAGGCGUCGUACCACAGCAACAAAAGUGCUGCUUUGAUUGGUUUAGGGCGGCUGAUUGAGGCGGCGGUUGAGUGCAGUGAGGCUGUUCGAAUUGAGCCUUCUUAUCUCAGAGCUCAUUUUCGACUGGCGACACUUUAUCUCAGAUUGGGAGAACCAGAGAAAGCCCUGCAUCACUACGAACAUUCAGGGCUUAACGCAAACACCAAGGAAAUCGCCAUCGCUGAAGCACUGAAAAGACACCUCAAUGAGUGCAGCAAGGCUACAGAGCUAGGAGAUUGGAACUCAUUGCUGCAGGAGAGCCGUUCCGCUGUAGUGUUUGGUGCCGAUUCGGCUCCACAGAUCAAUGCUAUGCAAGUUCAUGCCUUGUUGAAGCUACAUAGGCACCAAGAGGCUCAAAACAUGUUUCAGAAGGCACCAAAGUUUAAUAUCGACUCUUGUACUAGGUUCUUUGGAAGAGCUUACAGUGCUUAUUUGUUAACAAUUCAAGCACAGAUUCACAUGGUCGUUGGAAGGUUUGAGGAUGCUCUGGCUUCCAGUAAGCAGGCAGUGCGGCUUGACUCAAGCGAAAAGGUGACUGCAGUUUUGAAGAGGGCUGAAGCCAUGGUAUUGGCGCGAUCAAAUGGUAACCAGCUUUUCAAGGCCUCAAGAUUCUCAGAAGCCUCUGCUGCAUAUAGUGAAGGACUAGAUCACGACAAGUACAACGCAAUUUUGCUAUGCAACCGAGCAGCCUGUCUAUCUAAGUUAGGCCUAUUUGAGAAAGGAGCAGAGGAUUGCACUGUAGCCCUUAGUGUUCAGCCUUCGUACAGCAAGGCCAGAUUGAGGCGGGCCAAUUGCAAUGCCAAGCUGGAGAGGUGGGAGGCUGCUAUUCAGGAUUAUGAGGUGCUCAUACGAGAAACCCCAGGCGAUGAGGAGGUGGGAAAGGCCUUGUUCGAGGCCCGAAUUCAGCUCAAGAAACAAUGUGGUGAAGAAGAUACAAAGGACAUGAAGUUUGGUUCUAAUUUGGUCAUCAUCUCCAGUAACGAAAGCUUCAGACACUUUGUGACUGCACCUGGGAUGUCUGUGGUGCUAUUCUGCGACAAAAUACGCCACAAGAACGUGUUUCAGCUCAUGGAACAAGUCUGCAAAGGCUUCCCAUCCGUCAACUUUCUCAAGGUGGAGAUUGAAGAUCACCCCUACCUUGCAAAAUCAGAGGGUGUGAGUUCCAUUCCAGCUUUCAAGAUAUACAAGAAUGGAUCAAAAGUAAAAGACAUUAUAGGCAACAACAGGGAGUUGUUGGAAAGCUCAGUGAAGUUGUACAGCAGCUAAAUCAAAUAUAUAUAUAUAUUCCAAAUUAUGCGUGCACAGAGAACAAAACAUCAUUACAAAAAUACAAAAAAAAAAAAAUAAUAAUAAUAAUAAGAGAGAAGAAAAAUGAGUUAAGCAAGUCUCAGUGCGGCACUAAGGAUAAAUUAACAAAGAAAUUAAGUACUAGACUGAGACUUCUUUUCAUCUUUUGUUAUGAUUAAAGAAUGUUUCUACAUGCGAUUGAAAACAAGAAUAUUUGUACAUUGCAUUAUUUCUCACC